UGGGGAAACUGCGUAAUGCUAUUGCUCCUAUUGAACCAUUGCAGUAUACAGGGAAACGGCGAAGCUGUGAUACACUUGACAAGAUGGGUAAAGAUCCAAAGAAGCCAAGAGGCAGAAUGUCCUCUUAUGCCUACUUCGUGCAGACCUGCCGAGAAGAGCACAAGAAGAAGCAUCCAGACAGCACCGUCAACUUCGCGGAAUUCUCCAGGAAGUGCUCUGAGAGAUGGAAGACUAUGUCUGCGAAAGAGAAAGGCAAGUUUGAAGAACUGGCAAAGCAAGACAAGAUGCGUUACGAGAGAGAGAUGAAGAACUAUGUUCCACCCAAGGGUGAAAAGAAGAAGCGAGUAAAAGACCCCAGUGCCCCUAAAAGACCCCCAUCUGCAUUCUUUAUUUUCUGCGCUGACUACCGCCCGAAAAUAAAAGGCGAGAACCCUGGAAUGUCCAUUGGGGAGGUUGCUAAAAAACUGGGGGAUAUGUGGAACAGUACAUCUGCCGCUGACAAACAGCCAUAUGAGAAGAAGGCAGCCAAGCUGAAGGAGAAGUACGACAAGGACGUUGCUGCGUACCGUGGUAAGGGCAAACCAGAUGGCUCCAAGAAAACAGCUGCCGCUGCAGCGAAGGCCAAGAAGAGGGAAGAAGAUGAUGACGAUGAUGAUGAGGAAGAUGACGAUGAAGAUGAUGAUGAUGAUGAGGAUGACGAUGAUGAGUAAAUUGUAGAGUCUAGAUUGUUUAUAAUAAAAAAAGUUAACCCCCUGUAUACAUUUCACUUCUCCAAACAGAAAAUGUUAGCUUGUGUAUAUGAAAGGUUUUUAAGAUGUACAGUUUUUGUUGUCCCCUUUUUGUAAAGUUAACACUACAGCAGUGUCUCUAGCCCUGUUUCCAGUUAAUAUAUUUUUUUCCAGUGGUAGUGGCUAAGCCACUACCCUGGUAGAGUUUGGGGGUCCCUACAGCAACAUGGAGCUAGUGGUUGCACAGCACAGUGUCUAGUAUUAUGUGGAAUAGUUCUUUGUUUCCCAGAAGUGUUUGUGUUUUUAAUUUUUUUUCUUCUCAAUUUUGGCGUAUUACUGUCCUUUUACUGUACUGUACCAUUUUGAAUUUGCAAAAAAAAAAUUAAAUAAAAAUGCAGGUGUUUUCGUUGACAUUCUGAAUGCUUCUGAAAUGAAUUCUUUUUUUCAAUAAAAAGUCCAUAAAUUUUUAUGGCACCAAAAAUGCAUACAGUGAUGGGAAAGUUUUUGUCAAUCUGAUGUGUGCAUGUUUGAGUCCUGACAUUACUGCAUUGUAAAAG